CUGAUGCAGCCCAGCAAUUUCAGUAUGCAGUGAGAGUUAUUGGAAGCAACUUUGCUCCCACCGUUGAACGGGAUGAAUUUCUUGUAGCAGAGAAAAUCAAGAAAGAACUUGUGCGGCAAAGAAGGGAAGCAGAUGCUGCUUUGUUUUCAGAACUCUACAGAAAACUUAAUUCACAGGGCAUUUUGAAAAACAAAUGGUCAAUACUCUACCUCCUGCUUAGCCUUAGUGAAGAUCCACGUAAGCAGUCUAACAAGGUAUCCAGUUAUGCCACACUUUUUGCUCAGGCAUUGCCACGGGAUGCUCAUUCAACCCCUUAUUACUAUGCCAGGCCUCAAAGCCUUCCAUUGAAUUACCAAGACCGCAGUGCUCAGUCUGCCCAGAGUUCUGGCAGCAUGGGGAGCAGUGGGAUCAGCAGCAUCAGCCUGUAUGCCCUGAAUGGGCCAACGCCAACUCCGCAAUCACUCCUUCCAGGACAAUCCUAUCAAGCUCCAGGUGUUGGAGAUUGCCUCCGCCAGCAAUUAGGGUCACGUCUUGCGUGGACUCUAACUGCAAGCCAGCCUUCUUUACAAAGUACUACCUCAAAAGGCUUUUCAAAUGCUGUCUCCCGUGGUGUGCCAAGGUCAAGGCGAGAAGGGGAUACAAGUGGUUCUGUUGAAAUAACUGAAGCAAACCUUGUAAGAGAUGUUUUGUAUGUCUUCCAGGGAAUAGAUGGCAAAAACAUCAAAAUGUGUAAUUCUGAAAAUUGCUAUAAAGUGGAGGGAAAGGUGAGCUUGUCCAAAUCUCUCAGAGAUACUACAAGUAGACUUGCAGAGUUGGGAUGGCUACAUAAUAAAAUAAGAAAAUACACAGACCAGAGGAGUUUGGAUCGUGCAUUUGGACUUGUGGGACAGAGUUUUUGUGCAGCCUUACAUCAGGAACUUAAAGAAUACUACCGACUUCUGUCUGUUUUACAUUCUCAGUUGCAAUUGGAAGAUGAUCAGGGCGUGAAUUUGGGACUUGAGAGCAGUUUAACACUUCGCCGUCUUCUAGUCUGGACAUAUGAUCCUAAAAUAAGGUUAAAGACCCUUGCAGCACUUGUUGAUCACUGUCAAGGGAGAAAAGGUGGUGAACUAGCGUCAGCAGUUCAUGCCUAUACUAAAACAGGAGAUCCCUACAUGAGAUCUCUGGUUCAACACAUUCUUGGCCUAGUAUCCCAUCCUGUACUAAAUUUCCUUUAUCGCUGGAUUUAUGAUGGAGAGCUGGAGGAUACAUACCAUGAGUUUUUUGUAGCUUCAGAUCCUACAGUUAAAACUGAUCGGUUGUGGCAUGACAAAUACACUUUGAGGAAAUCAAUGAUCCCUUCUUUUAUUACAAUGGAGCAAUCAAAAAAGGUCCUCCUAAUAGGAAAAUCCAUAAACUUCUUGCAUCAAGUUUGUCAUGAUCAAACUCCAUCCACAAAGAUGAUUGCUGUGGCAAAAUCUGCAGAGUCUUCAAAAGAUGCUGCUGAUUUAUUCACAGAUUUGGAAAAUGCAUUUCAAGAGAAAAUUGAUGCAGCUUAUUUUGAGACCAGCAAAUACCUGCUGGAUGUUCUCAAUAAGAAGUACAACUUACUGGAACACAUGCAGGCCAUGAGGCGCUACUUACUACUUGGUCAAGGAGACUUUAUCAGGCAUUUAAUGGACUUGCUCAAGCCAGAGCUUGCACGACCAGCUACAACUUUGUAUCAGCAUAAUCUAACUGGAAUCCUUGAAACAGCGGUGAGGGCAACUAAUGCCCAGUUUGAUAAUCCUGAGAUUCUCAAACGAUUGGAUGUUCGACUUCUCGAGGUAUCUCCUGGGGACACUGGAUGGGAUGUCUUCAGCUUGGACUAUCAUGUUGAUGGGCCAAUAGCAACGGUAUUUACACGUGAGUGCAUGAGCCACUAUCUAAGAGUAUUUAAUUUCCUUUGGAGAGCGAAACGAAUGGAGUAUAUUCUUACUGAUAUAUGGAAAGGGCACAUGUGCAAUGCAAAGCUUCUGAAAAGUAUACCAGAGCUUUCUGGGGUGCUGCAUCAGUGUCACGUUCUGGCAUCAGAAAUGGUCCAUUUCAUUCAUCAAAUGCAGUAUUACAUUACAUUUGAGGUGCUUGAAUGUUCGUGGGAUGAACUCUGGAACAAGGUCCAACAAGCACAGGACUUGGAUCACAUCAUUGCAGCUCAUGAAGUUUUUCUAGACACAAUCAUAGCUCGGUGCUUGCUGGAUAGUGAUUCCAGGGUACUUCUCAACCAGCUUCGAGCUGUUUUUGAUCAGAUUAUUGAGCUUCAGAAUGCCCAAGAUGCAAUGUACAGAGCUGCUUUGGAGGAGCUGCAGCUGAGAUUGCAAUUUGAAGAGAGGAAAAAACAGCGUGAGCUUGAGGGCAAGUGGGGUGUAACUGCAUCAGAAGAUGAAGAAGAGAGCAAGAGGAUGAAAGAAUUUCAAGAUUCAAUACCCAAAAUGUGCUCACAGCUGCGAAUCCUCACUCACUUUUACCAGGGAAUCGUCCAGCAGUUCUUGGUCCUGCUGACAACCAGUUCUGAUGAAAGCCUUCGGUUUCUUAGCUUUAGAUUGGACUUCAAUGAACAUUACAAAGCAAGGGAGCCAAGGCUUCGUGUAUCACUGGGCACUAGAGGCAGACGAAGCUCACAUGUGUGAAACAACUGCUAAGGACUGCACCUCGGUAUCCGAAGGAUGUUGAACCUCUUGUUGGACAAAGCAAUCAGUGUUGACAUAAUACAACCAAAUUGUGCGUGAUUGGUGUCUACCAUUUCUGCAGGCCACACGUUUUCAGUCAUGUGAUUGUGUGACACUGUAUAGCAGAAAGCAAAAAAAGUAGGUUUUUUUUACACUGACGUUUCUAGAAUUACCAGACUAAAUGGGCUGAUUGAACCUCUUCCAAUCAACUUCUUAAAUCAUCCUUUUAAACAAACCAAUUUUAUUUGAAGCU